AACCUACAGAUAAAACUCAGAAACCCUGGCAAAAUCUACAAGAGCUCAAGAAAUUCAGCAAGAAUUAUACGUCCACCGGGAGGUAUUCUACCAGCAUAUCUACAUACAUCGACAUAUUCCAAGGGCGCAUCCGUUUCGAAAAGACGCCUUAGACAAAUUUCACUCCAACGCGUGUAUAACCUGCUAUCCAGACCUAAGCGAAACCCUGCUUACCAAAGAUAUCUUGAUAUUCUAAAAAGAUACAACGGACGUGUAUCAAGAAUUACGCACGAAAGAUUUGUCGAGUGGCAAGUAGCAGAAAGAAAAUUUGCACCAGCAAUCCACUUAAUCAGAGCAACAGUAUUCCCUAACCCUCCAAGAACAGUAAACUCACUAAUAAUCGCCUUAACGUCUGCACAAGGGUCACUCAAGCUACUUGAUUAUAACGUUGAUCAAUCACUAUCUACUGAAAGAGCAGCUCAAUUAAAACGAGAAGUAGUUAUUUAUUUGCAAGAUAAAGUAGACGAAGCAGCAAAUAAAAAGGGAAAAGAAAAGGAACAAACAUCGAUCGGCUCUACUAGUAGCAAGGCAUCCAACGACGAAUAUCAUACCCCAGAACCAGAAUUUAAAUUUGGACCAUUAGGUGCAGCUGACGCAGAAGAAAGAGCAAGCGAGUUAUCUGCCUUAGAGUCACUACAACAACGUGCUCUUCUAGUAUAUAAAGAUUUACAAGCUCUUGAAAGAGAGGUAAAUCUUGAUACUAACGAAAUCCCUGAUCAAACCAUUCCAAACGUAGACGCGUUAUUAGAUUAUAUCGCGCCGCUAAACAAUCCAGUUGAGAACGAGGAAUUUGAAGCUGAACCAGAGAAUCAGUUACCAGACCAAGGACAAAAAGGUAACAACGACCAAACAGAAGACGAAGUAGUUGGCAAUCAAGAUAAUCAAGAAAGUGACCGAGAAAACCCAGAAAACCAAGCAGACGACGCCGAAGCAUCACAGCCACCAACUAGAGCCCCAACUCCAGAACCGGAUAACCAAAAUCCACCACUAAAUUUACCACCAGUAGCAAAUCCACCAGUAGCAAAUCCACCUGCUCCACCAGCAAAUCCACCUAUACCCCCAGCACCACCUGUUCAAGCAGACGACGAAGAAAUGUCCCAAGCAACGUAUCCAGUUUUUGACGGAACAAACCCGCGUAAAUGGCUAGGCGAAAUGGAAAUAGCCUUCACUGCUAAUAACAUCCAAGCCAAUGCUCAUGAACGAAGAAUAGGCUUGGCAGUUUUAAACUCCGGACCUGCCAAAAUGUGGUACAUUAUGUUAGCGGCAAAACCAACUACAUGGGAAAGAGCAAAUAAUCUAGACGGAUUUAAGGAGUUAUUUUUGGAUAAGUAUGCUAAUGAUGAUAAUAGAGCGCAAGCGUCCCAACUAGCCUUUAUGAGAACCCAGCGACUUGGAGAGACAGUUGGCCAAUACUACAAUGCGCUACAAGAACAAUGGAUGGAGUGUGGAGAUGGAGUUAUCCCCGAAUGGAUGAAGGUAAAUAAGUUCGUGCAUGGAUUAAUCCCAGCAAUUAGAGAACCAGUGAUGCAGCAAGCCCCGACCACAAUUGCCGAUGCAGUCAAGGUAGCAACGCAGUGCUACAAUGCGUUUCAAACCAAUGUCCAACCAUCUCAUACAGCAACCGAUACGGCGCUACAAGCAUUAAUGGCAACAAUGCAAGAGAAUUACAAUGCACAUGCAAUUACUCAAUCAAACGGAAGAUGGAACGAUGAAAAGCUACAGAGGUUAUCAACACUAGCAUUGGAAGUGGUUAUAUGUCUGGGAGGUCAGGAUGAAUACGAACAAUUGGUAGAAAUAAAACGAAAAUUGGAUUUUGAAAUCAUGGAGAGAUUGAUCUCAACAGUGAAUGGGACACAUGAGGAUAAUGAAGUUGAUCAUCAGAUUAAAAAAAGAAAGUUAAGAGAUUUGGAACUUGAAGAAGAUAAAUGUCAGCUUGAAGAAUUGACAGAUUUUGCCUUGGAUAUAAUUGGAUUCGAGUGUCGAUAUGUCAACCCAUCGGUAACCUCACUUGCUCUUAAAAUGCGAGAAGACGAUUGUUAUGACCAUAUAGGCAAUGACUUCUCAUUCUUGGAAAAUCUGGAUGCCGAAGAAACAAGAAAAGUCGAUGAGAAGUUUAAUUACUUCGAAACCAAUGACCCCCCAAACCCUCAGUGGACUGAUGAGCGGCUUGUUUUUGCUGCUGACCAUUACCUUACAUACCGAGAACUCUCGCAAUAUUGUGACAGCAGCCGCACCACAAUCGACUUUACGAAAAACUGGGCAUUCGAGGACAAAUCGGGCUGGCAAAGUGCUCACACAAACAAAGCAGCCCUUCAAUGUUACGAAUAUUCCAGCAAAUUCUUCAUACAUGACAAGAAUAAUCGGCGUCGUAAAUAUAUCUCUAUCAUGACUGAUUCAAGGAAGUACAGACUGUGGUAUGCCUUCUGGAAUGAUGAACAAAGACAAAUGAACGUGAGAGAGACUGCUGACUUUGCUUGGUCUCAAGAAUGUGAAACAGCAUAUUCUGGCAGGGACACUCUACGUAUCUUAGCGCGCGUAUUCAAAACCUUUAUUACAAUCGAUCUGCGUGCUGCUGCGUCUCCCCGAAAUUUCGGGAAUAUAGGUUCAACUAAAGACAUUUCCUCAAUGGCUUCAUACAAUUCAGGAUUUAAUAUUUUAUUUGAUCGACGUGCCAGAACCGAAGCCCUUUACGAAAUGCUUGUAGAACACGGCCUUCCAUUCGUGACAACAGCAGACGGCGACAUAAAGGCGUCUCGGCUUUUGGGCCUUGGGUCGGAUACUGUCAUAUUCGAAGCACGCACUGUAUGUAAUGAACGAGUCGCCCUCAAAUUCAGUUUCGGUUUCACUUCGGAAGUUCUGGAGCGUGAAUCACAAGCAUUGAAAAUACUCAAGGACGUCAAGGAUAUUCCGAAGUUACUAUACGAGGACUUCGAUUCAAUACGUCCAUAUAUUGUUACUAACAUGGUUGGUAGGAAAAUCAACAAGGUUGACGUACCAAUUGCCUGCCACAUUAUCGCUGACAUUCUUCAAAUUCUGAAGGUCAUUCAUGAGUACGGUUAUAUCCAUAACGAUAUUCAUCCCGGGAACAUCGUAAACGUUAAUGGUAAAUAUCGGUUAAUCGAUUUCGGCUUAGCCGUACCGCGCUUCGAUAAGAGAGAAAAUGUCCCUAGUGAUUGGCCGGAAGGCAAUAUCGUCUUCGCUUCGCAUAACAGAGGCAAAUAUCUUGGAGCCGCAGAUGAUUUGGAGGCGCUUUCUUAUACGAUCGCAUUUAUGUACAAUCAGAACAAGGCGUAUUGGCAAAUUGCCACCAAGGAUCCAUGCCAGGCUAUUCAUCAGAAAGAAAGAAAGCUCACUUAUCUCUUUGAUGGGCUACCACAAGUAUUUCGAGACUUUUUCGAGUAUGUGUACGAUCUUGAAAUCACGGUUACACCCGACUACGAAUAUUGGCAGGAUUUAUUCCAAGAGACUGCGGAAACUCGGUGUUUUCGACCAAGCAAACACUUUCCAGAAACAUCGCAAGAAAGCCCUAAUCAUAGCCUUGAGUCUAAACGUGGUGUACGACGUCGAAUUGAACAACAGGCCUGGUGA